UCUAAAAUCCUUAAUGAGAUGAUCAGCCUCGAUUGGUUGAGCCUUGAAAACUGGCGUGGCUAAUUGAAUAACCCAAGCCAAUGGUAACGUUUUAAUCCUAAAAAUACUCACAUCUCCCAAGGAGGUGGGGAUUGACUAUUCCCUAAGGAAACAAUGUCUCGAAUGAUUCUCAUCAGUUCAGAUUAACUUCAAACUCGUAACUUUUCCAACUUCCAACAUUGCAACUACCUCCACCCACGCGUACAAUCAACACCCAUGCAAGACAAUUUUUUAAAUAGUUUGUUUUAAAAAAUUUCAAUGGACCGCGAAAAUUAUUCCAUGUCACGCGGUACGGAGCAGCGAUUACGAAGUCCUAAAUGCGCGAGAUGCAGAAAUCAUGGGAUUAUUUCGGGUUUGAAGGGGCAUAAGAGAUCGUGUGCAUGGAAGGAUUGUCGUUGUGCAUGCUGUCUUCUUGUUGUGGAGAGACAGAGGGUGAUGGCAGCUCAGGUCGCCCUGAGGCGACAGCAACAGGCGCAAGCCGUAGGAAGUGAUCCUCUGGGGCACGAGGAGAAUUAUCAGCGGUCAGCGGUUUCGAGUGCCCGGGAUAAUUCUGCUGCCUAUCAGAAGAGAUUGAGGAACUUUCAGAGACAUCAUCAGCUACAGGUGACGCAAACCAGGAUUAGUGUCACUCAGAAGUUUCAGAGUCUUGGGACACCCCAUCUGACUACCCCUCUCAUUCCAAAUGGACAUCUCCUCGGUCUAUCAUGUGUCGAGGGUGAGGAAAAAACCAGUCCAAGUGCUACUGUUGAUCUUCAUAAUUUCUACCCAUCAUAUCCAGCAUUACCCUGGAUCAAUUACUUUCCAGAGACGAAUGCGUCAUUAAAUAGUUCAGCUUUUAGCUCCCCUGAUAAUUUCAGUGAUCCGUCAAACGCUCAUUCCGACCAUAACAUCAAAAAACCGAGGAUUUCUUUCAGCGUCGAGUCAAUAAUUGGCACUAAAUAAAUUUAAACCGCGAAAAAUUGGGGUUUGAUAUUAAAAAAUA